AUGGUUCAAAAAAUUUAUCGUCAAAUCCAGUGGCGGCCGGUGAAGAGAAGUGGGAAAACGAUUGUUGUUGCUCAAGAGAAAGAGACGAGAGUCCACAAAGAUGGAAAGACUGAAGAAAAAGCAGUAUUAUCUAAAGAAUGGAAGUGCAGUGCUAGAGGAACUUCUUCCUUUAUGCGACUCCGUUACUUCAGCGCCAAUGAAAUCGACAAGGCAAUAAAGAACCCUGAAAAGAGAAUAAUACUCUUCGGAAGUUGUAUGGUUAAGUUCAACAAACACCUUGUUUUAAGUAGCUUGUGGCUCCAGGGCUAUGGUGGAGACUAUCACCGUAAUAUUUUCCGAGAUAUAGCAAUUACUGCUCAAAUGAGCCAUCUCAAGAAUGUAUUGAGACUUGUUGGUUACAGUCUAGAAUUGGAAAACCCAGUUAUGGUAUAUGAAUAUGUUGAGGCUAUGUCUCUUUAUGAGCUACUUUUCCUAGAGGGUAAUCAUGAUCAAAAUAGAGAAUUCAUUAGAUUAAGGAUUGCUAAUGAGAUCGCUUCAGUAAUUGUUUUUCUCCAUAGCGAAUUCAGUACGCCCAUCAUCUACAGAAACCUAAGUGCAUCAAAUGUGAUAAUAUAUCAGAACAGCGGCGUUGCCAAAAUAACGGACUUCCCAUUGUCCAUAUCAUUGCCUCAAGGGGAACUGGAAGUAGCAGGUGCUAUGUGCGGACAUUCUGGGUAUUUAGAUCCUGAAUACAUGCAAUCGGGUAUUGCUAGUCAAAAAACAGACGUCUACAGCUUCGGUGUUGUUCUCUUUCAGCUAUUAACGGGAAAGAAAAUGAGUAUACUUGAUGGUAAGAUGAUAGAUUUUACAAAGUUUCCCCACGUCGAAACCAAUAUUGAAGAGGGUAGUGUAAUGGAUAGUCGAAACCAAUAUUGA